GUGUUCGAACACCAAGCGUCGAAAGGAGCAUCUGCUGUAAACUUCUCGAGCCAUGUCUACCAAACUAGGAGCCAAGAUCUUCAAGACCAAGUGCUCGCAGUGCCACACUGUUGAGAAGGACGCCGGCCAUAAGCAGGGCCCCAACCUGAACGGCUUGUUUGGGCGCGCGGCGGGCACCGUGGACGGCUACUCGUACUCGACCGCCAACAAGACGUCGGGCGUGGUCUGGACCGAGAGCACCCUGUUCGACUACUUGCUCGCGCCGAAGAAGUACAUCAAGGGGACCAAGAUGGUGUUCGCGGGCAUCAAGAAGCCGGCAGAGCGAAAGGAGCUCAUUGCGUACCUGAAGGAGGCAACGGCACCGUGAUGAUGGUACUUCCAUUUUGUUUUCUCUGCUGUCGUGUUUAUGUGUGUCGUAUGGUGUCGUGGACCUUUUCUAAGUCGUAUGCAAUAUGGGACGAUGAUGAUGCAGGCUGUUAAAACGCAAUUACAUCGUGUCGUUUUCGGGGGGUCCCCCCAGGUUAGUGGGGGACGGGGGGGGCUGGUAGUCGACAUAAUGGGCAGGAUGCGUGGAGGCCAGCAGCAAGAGAGGCUGGUUUGGGUGGAGGAGUAGCUGGAGUAGUUAGAGCUGGACUGGCGCGAGGAAGGGGUGAGGAAUGAGUACCCCGCCAUUUGCGAUAUGAGGUUGAGCGUUUCGAAAAUCAUAGCAUGAGCGAGAGACCCACCCGUUCUAGAAUACACCGCGGUCGGGCACGUAAAACAGGGUCUAGAGACAGGAGCAGGGGGGCGGAGGUCGCAGCAGGAGUUGGAUAAGUCGGAGUGCGUGCGACAGUUGUUUCUUUUUGGCGAAUAUUCUUCUUGUGGCGGCUGGCAGUUGACGACAGACAGCAGUUGCACAGGUUUUGCUUCAAAUGAGAGCCUACAAUAUUUCCGUCUCUCGGAGGCGUGUGGUUUCGUGUGCGCUCGUUACCCACUGCUUUACUUUCUUGUCCUGCCGUCGUCACACACCACCCCUUGCCGUAUCUGUUGUCCAAUUUUGACUAGAAUGGAGAGGGGGAACCGGGUGUACGUUGUACUGUAGGGCACAAGCGAAACUCAACGUUGCCAUCGUUUAGGAAGGGGAGCACCGGCGUCCUCUUUCGGUAGCGAGCAGUACACGUUGCUGCCAAGUAAUGGGCGUCGGACGGAUCCCCCACGGCUCCACCUGCCAUGCACCCCUUUGACCCCUCCGAGUUGCGUGCUGGAGAUGUGUAAUCGUAGUACAUUGCGCGUUUUUUUUUUUUUGCGUAGGAACCCCGGUUUCCCGUGUUGGGGCAACAGAAGCGAAUUUGGCGCGUGGGUGCAAAAUGGUGCUUGGAAACAUGCAUGUGCUGUCUGGUUGAAUAUCGCUGAUCUCUGUUUCGGAGUUGGCAGCAGGCUGUCGGGUGGGUGUUCCAAGUUUUUUUGUCACGUGUCGAUGGUUCGUGCGUCAUCGGCAAUCUUUGCGGUCCGAUGGUAUUGUCUUGAGGUGCAGAGUCUUGACCGAUCACUCCAGGUAGCUGCUGAUUCUGCUUAGUCGCGUGGGCGAUGCGUGAGAGGGAGAAGGGAGAGUGCUCAAUAGAAGAAAUCGAACGAAUCACACGGCGAUAAUUUAUUGUUUAUUUUUUGAAGGAAUAGCGAUGCGUUGUGCCCCUUCCAAUCGCUGCACUGCUUGCUGUGUGUCACAGUGCCAGGUGGCUGCCCCAUAUUGCUCCUAAUUAUCCGAGCCGCACGCGUAGCAGCGCUGUCCGCGUUGUGUCUACAAUUUGCACGUGCGAAGUCGUACACGCCCGUGGAACACUGUUCUCGUUCAGCAACACUCCGCUUUCUGCGCGACGCGAUGCGCUCGGCGUUCUUGGCUCUUGUUGUGGAUAUCACGUAGACAGCUGUAUCUACAUAUCCUCACUGCCGCCACAACCUUCUGGGUUGGCAAUCAUUCGGACGUGCGCGCUCGUGCGUUCUUGGCAAUGAACUCGUUUUCCACGCCGACAACCUUAACCACAGGUGGCCCAAAACUGAAGAUGGCAUGUUAUUUUGCUGGCCGCGCCGCCUCUUUCUUCCAAUGCGCCAUUUUUUCUCCUCUCUCUUCAAUUAGUUCUUGUCAACACCAUCGUUCGGAGUCUCUUGAUUGCUCCCUGAUUUUGCGUCCUCACAACCAACUGGAGAGCUCCCAACAGGGGUCGCACAGCAGAAGAAUCUCGUGCGGCGUUGCGUCUUUCACGCGAGAGCGAUUCAGCCGUCCUUCGCUUAAGUUUACUCAAGAACACGCACAAGCGACGGCCCCGUGUAGCUACGAAAGAUCGAACGGAUACACACCUUCGCCGAUAGUCAACUACUCCCGACGCUCUAAUGUUUUGCUGCAACCUAGGCCACCCGGGCGAUCAAACCGCUCGUGUGGAGCGACAACGAGAAAUCGUUGGUGCUGCAUGUUGGAACACCUCCGGCACGACUCGAACGCAUCGACGUUGAGAGAGCUCCAGAGUGCUCAAGAGGUGAAGCAGCUGCUCAACCUCAACAACCAAAACUGAUCACUCACUCAUGUCCAACGUCUCUGGCUCAAAACAAAAUGCUAAAGAAGCCGGUCACCACUUACGGACCCGCUCCACAUAUGCUGACCGGAAUACACAAACAAAUACGGCUCCCCGUGCCUCCCCAUCGGAAGGUAGCCAUAAAAACCAUUCCCAGAGCCUGGUCCGGUGA